AUGUCAAAGACCAAGACAAAAUUACUGAGGAGCUGUCCUUAUAUUCUAAAGCUGAGGGCCUCUUUGGUAAUCCUUUUGCUAUUAGACAGAGAAGUACACGAGGACCAGUUUGCUAUAAAGGUUUUAAGCCUUACUUGCAGUUCUUCUGGUUGUGAACGAAAUUGGAGCGUGUUUGAGCAUCUUCAUAACAAGAAAAGAAAUAGGCUCGUUCAAACAACGUUGAAUGAUUUAGUGUUCAUCAAAUAUAAUAGAGCAUUGAGGCGUCGAUAUAAUAUGCGUGACACUCUUGAUCCCAUUUUACUCGAUGACAUUGAUGAGAGCAACGAGUGGUUGACGGGGAGGAUGGAUGAUUCUGAUGCAGAACAUGAUCUAGUCUAUGAAGAUGAUUCUUGACAUGGGGUGAUGUUG